GAGCUCCGGCGUGGAGCUGCCCCCGCCCGGCUCCCGCCGCCGCCUCCCCCCGCUCUCCCGGCUUCGCCUCAGGGCUUUCCCGCCCUCCGCCGCCGCCUCAGCGCGGGGGGCUGAGGAGCGGCCCCUCUGCUCGUGGUACCGGGGCUGCUGGCACCGGGACCCGCCCCGGGGAUCCCCCCGAGUCCCCAGCGGGACCCGCUCGGCUUUGGGAACCCUGCCAUGGCACCUCCACGUACUCCAGUUUUUGGGUGGUUUGGUGGUCCCUGCCCCUCGCUUGUGGAUUCAGGCAAUUAAAGUCCCGUCCCAGGGUUCGGUGCCUCCUCAGGCAGUGCCGCCCUGGGGUUCAAUCCAGGACUAAAUGGCGAGCAAAUGGACUGGUUGAAGCACUGGGUUUGAUUGCUUAAGAGAAAGGACUCUGCUGGCCCUCAGGAUACUUUGUCGGGUGUCUCUGUCAUCCCAGACUCUUCCCUGAUAUGGAACAAAGUGAAGGUGAACAGGAAUCCCAGGCAGAGAGUCAAGUGGAGAGCAAGAGCAGUGUGAAAUCCUUGCCUGGGGGAACGGCCCAUGUCAAACUAGAGAUAAAAAAACAUGCAGUCACAGAUGACUACAAACUAUCGAAAAGGGUGCURGGGUUAGGAAUCAAUGGCAAAGUACUGGAGUGUUUCAACAAGGAGACAGGCCAGAAAUGUGCUUUGAAGCUCCUGUAUGACAACCCCAAAGCCCGUCAGGAAGUCGAGUACCACUGGCGAGCCUCAGGCUGUCCUCACAUCGUCCAUGUCCUGGAUGUGUAUGAGAACAUCCAUCAUGGAAAGAGGUGCCUCCUCAUCGUCAUGGAAUGCAUGGAGGGAGGAGAGCUGUUUAGCAGGAUCCAGGAGAGAGGAGACCAAGCUUUCACUGAGAGAGAGGCAUCUGAAAUAAUGAGGGACAUYGGGACAGCCAUCCAGUACCUGCACUCAAUGAACAUCGCACACAGAGAUGUCAAGCCUGAAAACUUGCUUUACACGUCUAAAGGCAAGGAUACUGUGCUCAAACUCACAGACUUCGGUUUUGCCAAAGAAACUACUGUAAAUGCACUGCAGACCCCCUGUUACACUCCUUAUUAUGUGGCCCCAGAAGUCCUUGGUCCUGAGAAGUAUGACAAAUCAUGUGACAUGUGGUCAUUGGGUGUCAUCACRUAUAUUCUCCUGUGUGGGUUCCCUCCAUUCUACUCAAAUACUGGUCAAGCCAUUUCUCCAGGGAUGAAGAGAAGAAUUCGGAUGGGGCAAUAUGGGUUUCCCAAUCCAGAGUGGGCUGAWGUAUCAGAAGAAGCCAAACAACUAAUUCGCCAUUUACUGAAGACUGACCCAACAGAGAGGAUGACAGUCUCUCAGUUUAUGAAUCACCCUUGGAUUAAUAGAUCAAUGUCAGUGCCACCAACUCCUCUUCACACUGCWCGGGUCCUGCAAGAGGAUAAAGACCACUGGGAUGAAGUUAAAGAGGAGAUGACCAGUGCUUUGGCUACCAUGAGGGUGGACUAUGAUCAGGUGAAAAUCAAAGACUUGAAAACGUCCAACAACCGCCUCCUGAACAAGCGCCGCAAGAAGCAGAAGCAGGCGGGCGCCUCCUCUGCAGCUCCAGGCUGCAACAACCAGUGAGGACAGAAACCAAAGACCUGUGGGGGGAGGGUAAAAGUUCAACAGAGCAAUUUAAAAUCAUAUGAUCACCUCUGUCCAUACCACAAAAGCAAUGAGAUUGUGAAGACACUAUCCUGCAAAGAGGGAAUGGUGUGAUAAGUUUUUAUAACUUGAAUCAGGGCUUUGCAUUUAAAGACUAAUGGAUCUGACAUGAUUCUGUUGCAUAUUGCCAGGGAAGGCACAGUAAUGCCAAAAAUGUUACAAGUUUUUGGUUUGGCUUUAAUUGUGUAGGACAAGAAGAAAGAGCAGGAGGCAGUCUCAGCAUACUAUUGCACUGAGGCUUUAACAGCCAUCUACAAGAGUAUCUUCUGCUGCUGUUUUAUCUGGGGAAUAGAAAAGUGCCAAGAGUUCUGCUAAGAGUGUUUUAGUAGUUUGGUAGAAUUGGUAAUAGUCUAUAUUUCCAARCUUACCUCCUAUAGUACAGUGUAUCACCUAAACUGUAAGCAGUUAUUCUUGUUACAGGAAAAAGCAUCCAUACAUUUCCAUUUUCAUAAAGUCUUCAUGUAGUCUUGUGAAGAUUUGRGUUUGUCAUGGAUUCACAUUUGAUAACAUGUAAGUUUUCUGAACUGUAGCCACUGCAUUGUGUCUUUGCCACUGUCAGAGCCCUCUCUUGUAAUGUUUUGAAUUUAACUGGUACUUUAUGUGAAGAGUUUCAGUAAGGAUUUAAGUAAUGGAAAGCAUUCUGCAGAGAAUAUUGCUGUUCCUCUAGCAUCCACAACCUCCAGGCGUGCAGCUGGAUAUGCAAGGGACUGCUUUAGAAGAGAGAUUUCUGAAAUUCAGGAAGGAGUGGCAAAUGCAUGUUCUCUGACUGGACCCUGGAG